GUGCGUGGCAGAAGGUACCCCGCGCCCCUCACGGUGACCUCAGGCUAGUGCUGUCCCAGCCUGGUGCGUGACUCCGCCCUUCGGCUCCUCCCCUCCUCCCCGCGUGUUUUGGCUUCUCCCCGGCGCAGCAGCUGCGCGCACACCCGAGUCCUCUGGUCCUCCUCGCUUGUCCCCAGCCUGGUGUGUCCAGGGAGCCCAUGGAGCCCGCUCGCAGUGCGCCUCCGGGGGACGGCGCUGCUGAGGCGCUGCUGAGAGAGCUGGAGCGUCAGGUGCAGGAUGUGGUGCGGGCGAGCUCGUGGUGGGAGCGCCACGGUGUGGACUGCGCCAUCCUCGCUCUCAGCCUGCUCGCCUUGCCGGCGGGGUUCCUGUGCCUACGCUUCCAUAAUAUCCUGGCCUUUGCCACGGGCAUCACAGUCCUGGGUGUGUGCCAUUACACACUCACGGUCAAGGGCAGCCACCUGGCUACUCACAGUGCCCUCACCGAGUCCAAACGCUGGAGCAAGGUCUUGAUGAUUUUCUUUCUGGAGAUAUGCACAGCCUUUCCUGCAGAGUUCGCUAAAUUCAACCACGUCAAUAUGCACCACGCUUACACCAACGUGGUGGGUCUGGGAGACUCCAGCACGUGGAAGAUGCCUCUCCUCAACCGCUACGUCUACAUGUUCCUUGGACCACUUUUGAUCCCCAUCGUAACGCCACUGGUAGCUCUUGAGCAUCUGAGGAAGGAAGAGCUGAAGACAGCACUGCGGGCUCUGGGCCUCAUUUGCCUGGGCCUUUACUCUCAGUACUGGCUGUUCAUGAAUGUGUCAGGCUUCAAGAACCCUAGUUCAGCACUGGCCUGCAUGCUGCUCGCCAGAUCCCUGCUGGCCCACCCCUAUCUCCAUGUCAAUAUCUUCCAGCACAUCGGAUUGCCUAUGUUCUCCCUGGACAAGAAGCCCAGGCGGAUUCACAUGAUGACCCUGGGGGUUCUGAACCUGCCGCGGCAGCCAGUGCUGGACUGGGCAUUUGGCCACUCCCUCAUCAGCUGCCACGUGGAGCACCACCUCUUCCCGUGGCUCUCGGACCACAUGUGCCUGAAGGUGAAGCCCUUGGUAUCGAAGUUUCUCCACGACAAGCAGCUACCCUAUAAUGAAGACUCAUACCUGGCUCGAUUCCAGCUGUUCCUCAACCGCUAUGAGGAGUUCAUGGUGCAUGUCCCGCCCAUCACUGAGUUGGUGGGGGUGCAGUGAGGGCUGGGCCCCUCCCUAACCCAGUCCCGGCCCUCCUCCUGUACUGCUGGCGCUUGGGGGGACUGGUGGAUCUGGAACUGUCCUGGGAUUUGAGUUAGGAGAGCCUGUUGGGAGAAGAAAUGAAAUCAAUCCAGAGACUGUGUGUGCAUCCUGGUCCACCGAGGCCUCAGCUGACUAUCUCAGAAUCCUUCUUUCUGUUGCAUCCAAGCUGGAGGGUAGAGCUAAGGGGACUGGUGACAGGUGAGGUGGGAUCCUAUGUCCAGAAGGAGGGGGCACAGAGACAGAGCCAGCCUCUUCGGCUCAGACACCCUUGGUGCCCAGGCUGCUGCUUCCUCCUGUACCUUCUGAGGUUCUAGUCCCCCAGGGCCCUCCCUCUCCCUAGGGUCAACAGG